AGAAUCCGGGCAGGAUCAGGAUCGACCCUCCUGACACUCACACCGAGCACGGUCUGUUCUUCCCCCCUCCAAGAUGGAGGCGUUAGGGGGCUACCCUACCAGGUCCUCCAGCCCCAAAGCCAAGAGGCUGACGGUGCUGCUGAGCAUGACCGUGGGUGUGGGCUGUUUGUUCCUCCUGCAAACGCAGCUGGUGAAGCCGAAGAAGUCCAAGGAUUUUUACUCUUUCGAGGUGAAAGACGCGAAGGGGAGGACAGUUUCCUUGGAGAAGUACCGAGGAAAAGCGUCUUUGGUUGUAAACGUGGCGAGUCACAGCGAGCAGACGGAGGCGAACUACAGGUCCUUACAGGAGCUACACCGGGAUCUGGGCACCUCUCACUUCAACGUGCUGGCCUUUCCCUGCGGACAGUUCGGGGACACCGAGCCCGGGACCAGCCGGGACAUCGAGGUCUUCGCCAAGUCCACCUACGGCGUCACCUUCCCUUUCUUCAGCAAGAUUAAAAUAAUGGGCUCAGAGGCGGAACCUGCCUUCAAGUUCCUCACAGAUUCUGUGCAGAAAAUCCCAAAGUGGAACUUCUGGAAGUUUCUGGUAAAUCCAGAGGGGAAGGUCGUGCGCUACUGGCGAGCCGAUGAGCCCAUGGAAAGCAUCCGGCAAGAAGUGACGGUGAUGGUGCGAGAAAUCAUCCUGAAGAAACGCAUGGAGCUAUGACGGAGCCUAUCGAUCAAUAAGCGGACACGCUGCUGCUCUGUUGUCUCGGUGUUUCCUGUGUUUGGACAGGAACACAAAGUGGUGGAAGAUACAAACUGUUAAAGCGAGCAUGGUCGGCGCUGUGUCUUACUCUAGACACGUAAAAGAUUUUGAAAAAGAUCCACUAGCUUUAGACUCAAAGGAAUGAAAGUCAUGUAAACUUGUCUGAAUGAGUGUCUGUGUGUAACAGAGAUCAACCUGUGGUGACCGAUGACAAUCAUUCCAUUUUUUUUAAAUGACCACUGCUGCAGCCCUCAAAAAAAUGUUGGAUUUA